AAAGUACAAUUUGAGUUGAGCACAACGAGAGUAAUAAUGAAAUCCAUCCAUCCUUAUAUCCUCAUUGCUUCCAGUCAUGCCAUCCCAAGGCGUCCUGCCAUCCCACGGAUGGUUGCUCUUGGCGGGAUGGCACAUCACGUGACACAGCCCCGCGAUGAUCAUUGCCUUCUGACGUGGACGUCCCUAGGCCUUCAGCCAUCUCGUCACUUGUCAAGGAGAGAAUCCUUCUUGUUACUUGUAACAGUUAGCCCCGUACUCAAGCAGUAA